AUGGGAAGCCACCAAGGUUUCAGCUCCUCCGCCACAUGGUUCUCUCACUUGUGCGCUUCAGCCCGCCGAUUUAAAUCACUGGCUCCUCCGUCCUCGUCCUCGUCCUCGCAGAGUAUUGUUCGCUCCACCUCCGGCGACUCUUUGGUUCGUCGCCUCGGCCUCUUCGACCUUAUACUGUUGGGCGUCGGCGCGUCCAUCGGGGCCGGUGUAUUCGUCGUUACCGGAACCGUCGCUCGCGAUGCUGGACCCGGAGUGACGAUGAGCUUCAUGCUAGCUGGAGCAUCGUGUGUAUUGAACGCGCUCUGUUAUGCGGAACUUGCGUCUCGUUUCCCUGCAGUUGUUGGAGGAGCUUACAUGUACUCGUAUUCAGCUUUCAAUGAGAUCACGGCUUUCCUCGUUUUCGUGCAACUCAUGCUUGACUAUCACAUUGGUGCGGCGAGUAUCUCUCGUAGCUUGGCAGGCUAUGCAGUUGCUCUCCUCGAGAUUUUUCCAGCUUUCAAGGGCUCUAUCCCUCUCUGGAUGGGAAGCGGCAAAGAGUUGUUCGGAGGGGUUCUCUCUUUGAAUAUUUUGGCUCCCAUUUUACUCGCGCUCCUGACCUUUGUUCUAUGCCAGGGGGUGCGAGAAUCUUCUGCUGUCAACUCUGUUAUGACUGCUACCAAGGUCGUCAUCGUUCUCGUUGUGAUUUGUGCGGGAGCUUUUGAGAUUGAUGUAGCAAAUUGGUCUCCUUUUGCCCCCAACGGUUUUAAAGCAGUGCUCACUGGAGCUACCGUAGUCUUCUUUUCAUAUGUUGGAUUUGACGCAGUUGCUAAUUCUGCUGAAGAAUCCAAGAACCCUCAGCGUGAUCUGCCAAUCGGAAUUAUGGGGAGCCUUGUGGUAUGUAUCUCGUUGUAUAUUGGCGUAUGUUUGGUGCUCACUGGGAUGGUCCCUUUUAGUCUCCUCAGCGAAGAUGCUCCUCUAGCUGAAGCCUUUUCAUCAAAGGGUAUGAAGUUCGUCUCAGUCUUAAUCAGUAUCGGUGCUGUUGCUGGACUCACAACUACUCUGCUUGUUGGACUCUAUGUUCAGUCCAGGUUAUAUCUGGGUCUUGGAAGGGAUGGUCUAUUGCCUUGUAUCUUUUCCAGAAUACACCCAACGCUUCAUACACCUCUUCAUUCUCAAAUCUGGUGUGGCGUUGUUGCUGGCGUUUUAGCUGGCAUAUUUAAUGUUCAUAGCCUUUCCCAUAUUCUGUCAGUUGGUACAUUGACUGGGUAUUCAGUUGUUGCGGCUUGUGUCGUGGCUUUGAGAUUGAACGAUAAGAAAGAAAGAGACUUGUCCAGUGGAUGGACAUCAAGUUGGCAGGAAGGCGUCAUAUGCCUUGUUAUAAUUGCAUGCAGUGGUUUUGGUGCUGGCGUCUUUUACCGUUUCAGUGCUUCCCUUGUAUUUCUUCUCCUCUCAGUUGGUGUAGCAGUUAUUGCUUCAGCAGUUCUCCAUUAUCGCAAAGCUUAUGCUCAGUCUCUGGGCUCUGGGUUUAGCUGUCCUGGUGUACCCAUUGUGCCAUGCGUUUGCAUUUUCUUCAACAUCUUCUUAUUUGCUCAGUUGCACUAUGAAGCAUGGAUAAGAUUUGUUGUUGUGAGCGUGCUUGCAACAGCCGUGUAUGCCUUGUAUGGGCAGUACCAUGCAGAUACAAGCACGUUGAUUUACGAGAGGGCACCUGAAACUGAAAACGACUCUGAGUAA